GAGAGAGAGAGAGAGAGAGAGAGAGAGAGAGAGAGAGAGGUACCUGCGCGGCUGCUGCUGCUGCUGUCGGAACGACGAAACAAGCUUUGCGCGCUUGCUUCGAUAUCGAGACGCCCGAAGAGGAGGGGAUCGGUGGAGUAGAGGGGGGGAAGGGAGGAUGGAGAGGUACGAGGUGGUGCGGGACAUCGGCUCGGGGAACUUCGGGGUGGCGAAGCUGAUGCGGCACAAGGAGACCAAGGAGCUCGUCGCCAUGAAGUAUAUCGAGCGAGGCCCUCGGAUCGAUGAGAACGUGGCGAGGGAGAUCGUCAACCACCGGUCGCUUCUCCAUCCCAACAUCAUCCGCUUCAAGGAGGUCGUGCUGACGCCGACGCAUCUGGCGAUCGUGAUGGAGUACGCCGCAGGCGGGGAGCUCUUCGAGCGGAUCUGCGACGCCGGACGAUUCAGCGAGGACGAGGCCAGGUAUUUCUUCCAGCAACUCAUCUCCGGCGUCAGCUACUGCCACUUCCGGCAAAUAUGCCAUCGGGAUCUGAAACUGGAGAACACCUUGCUCGACGGGAGCCCGGCGCCGCGCCUCAAGAUCUGCGAUUUCGGCUACUCCAAGUCGUCGCUGCUGCACUCGAGGCCGAAAUCCACGGUGGGGACGCCCGCCUACAUCGCCCCGGAGGUCCUCUCCCGCCGUGAGUACGACGGAAAGCAAGCAGAUGUAUGGUCAUGUGGAGUAACUCUGUAUGUCAUGCUAGUGGGAGCCUAUCCAUUCGAAGACCAAAAGGAUCCUAAAAACUUCAGGAAAACCAUUGGGAGAAUAAUGUCCGUUCAGUACAAGAUACCAGACUAUGUUCACAUAUCUCAGGAUUGCAAGCAACUCAUCUCUCGGAUCUUUGUUGCCAAUCCAAUGAAGAGGAUUACAAUAAGAGAAAUCAAAAGCCAUCCUUGGUUCUUGAAGAACUUGCCCAGGGAGCUUACAGAGGCAGCGCAAGCAGUGUUCUACAGGAAGGAUAACAAUACUCCUACCUACUCCACACAGAAGGUCGAUGAGAUCAUGAAAAUACUAACAGAAGCCAGGACACCUCGAAAGCCAUCGCAGCCUGUCCCAGGCACUGUGGGCAUCGAAGACGAGUUCGAGGAAGAAGAAGGCAAGGAAGAGAACCAGGAGGAAGAACAAGAGGAAGAUGACGAUGACGACGAGUAUGAUAAGACGGUGAAAGCCGUCCAUGCUAGUGGAGAAUUUUAAGGUCAAUUGAUAUGCAACAACUAUGGAUGUUACAUAAACUAGAACAAUGUAAACCAUUUUGCCUACUAUUCUACUGCUUGUAUGGAUGAUGGAUUUGAGCAUUUUAUCUGUGUUCUAGCAGUAAGUUGUAAAGUUAUUAAAGAAUCUUGUAAAGUUGUCUGAGACAUGAAGCCCAAGGUUUUCUGUAG